GACAACACAGCAUUGGGUAAGUUCGAGUCCAGAGGCAGAGCCUCUGUGAUGUCCAGUACAACAAGUAGCUCAUCAUUCGGUUACCAGGUCCUAUACCGUAGCGGGAGAGGACAUGGAGAGGGAGGGGAGCAGCCGAAGUCGAGCUAAAAGCCGUCGUUUUGGACGGAGACCCGGGCAUAGAGUCGGAAUCGGAGGCCGAGAGGGAGGAUGGCGGGGGAAAGAGGGGACCGGAGGACGCCCAGAGCCUCAUCGGAGAGGAGCCGGAGAUAGACGAGGCCGGAGAGGCCAGGGACUACGAGGUGGCGCUCAAGCACGCCGGGUUUGGGCUCUUCCACGUGAUCCUCAUGUGUAUGACGGCGUGGCUCUGGCCUCGGACGCCGUGGAGGUGAGAGGGACGCGUCUCGGGGAGGUUUCACACGAGAGAGGGCCUGUAUUCAGGGGGAGAGGAAUGUGAAACUCCAGCAAACUUGACACGAGGCCCCUCCAAUCUAUCUUCUUUCGUGCCAGUAUAAUAUACUAUAUCGCCAUACUAACACCAACGUGCUGGCUAUUCUGUUCCUCACAGUUGCUGUCGCUGGCAUUUGUACUCCCGAUCUUCCAGCGGGAGGGGUUUGCCACUUCCGAUGCACAGAACGCUCUCCUCAGUUCCGUCAUCUUCAUGGGAAUGUUUGUGGGAGCUACACGUGGGGAGGGUUUGCCGAUGUCCUCGGUCGGAGGUUCGUCCUCAUCGGAUCUCUCGCCGUGAACGGGCUAUUCGGAGCCAUAUCUGCCUUCUCCCCCAACAUCUCCGUCUUUAUUCUCUGCCGUUUCAUUAGCGGUAUUGGUGUGGGAGGUUCUCUCCCAGUGAUAUUCCCAUACAUAGCAGAGUUCACACUCAACAAAUACCGCGGGACCUACAUGUCUCUCCAGUCCUUUUUCUGGACCGCAGGCCGGCUCGUUUGCGCAGGUGUGGCCUGGCUCAUCCUUCCCCUGGACACUGGAGCUUUCCACAGCUGGAGACUCUACAUAUUCCUCUCCUCUCUCCCUGCCUUCUGCGGGGCCUUGCUCUAUCUCCUACUACCAGAGAGCCCCAGAUAUCUACUAGAGCAUGGGAGGAAGGAGAAGGCUCUGAGGAACCUGAGACUGGUGCACACCAUCAACCACUUCCACAAGAGGAAGUCUCACUUCCUCAUCAAGAGCAUCCGCGUGGAUGCCGUCCAUGCUGACGAGGUGGGGGUGGUCAAGACCGGAGGAUCCCUCUCGCAGCGGUGGACUAGGUUCAAAGGUCACGUGAGACAGCUGAUGUCUCACACACGAGAGCUGUACAGUCGGACAUACUGCAGACGAACUAUUCUCAUGAGCACCAUCUUGUUUACUCUCUCUUUGGGUAAGAUUCCCCCAUCUCCCCCACACACACACCCUUCUUUAACCUAACACUCAAUGUGCAUGAGGGUUACAAUACUUGGUUUGUGGCAGUGUACAUGUCUGUCCUCUCUGUCUCAAUCGCUAUUCUGGCGUGCGCAUGCUAAGAAGAAGCUAAUGGCCUCAGUGCUAAAGUCGUAUGGAGUGCUACUGUGGUAUCCAUCAUAUGUGGAACAGGUCACUAAUGCCGACAAGAGGUCAGAGUUCUCGAGAUUCUGUCACCGCUCGACUCCAGAGAACGUCUCUCUAUAUGACUACUGCGGCUGUGACGGAGCUUCUUUCUCUGACCAACAUUUCUCCAACACUCGCUUUGCAAAUUUUCAACUCAAUCUCGCCGACUUUCACAACGUGCGGUUUACCAACGUCACUUUCACUGAAUCACUGUUGGAGAGUUGCAACUUUACAAACUGCACGAUGGAGAAUGUGGUGUUUGGAGAGGGGACACAGAUGGUUCGUGUUGGAUGGUACGCCACGGAUUUCGUUGGUGUUAAUGUCACAGGGCUGAGUUCUUGCGAGGGGGAGGUGAUUGGCAGAGGAGGAGGGGAGGUGGGGAGUGGUGAGUUUGGGGAGUUGGUGAGGGUGCUGGAGGGAGGGAAUGCCACUAGCUGUGAGGGUGUGAGGCAGGUGGAGUGUGAGGGGGAGGAGUCGGGGUCGGUGUAUCGGGAUCUGUUUUUCGUGGCUGCAUCGGCGAGUGUUGGGAACAUUGCCUCUGCCAUUGGUGUGUACUUCAUGAGGAGGAACUACUGGAUGGCUAUCAGUAUGUUUGCCAGCACGGCCUCAGUCUUCCUCCUGUACGUGGCCCACACUGAGGUGUUUGUGGUGGUGGUUCUCUGCCUCUUCACUGCCCUCUCCACCCCAGCCUGGAACGAUACCAGUCUCCUCAACAGCGAUCUCUACCCAACACACCUCAGGUCCUCGUCACAGGGGAUGCACCUGUUAUUUGCCAGAAUAGGAGCCAUCCUCGGAACCAAUGUCUUUGGUGUCUUCAUCCGCUUCAACCCGGCAGUCCCCAUCCUCCUGACGGCCUGUCUCCUGCUGGUCGGCAGUCUCGCUGCCCUCCCCCUCCCCAAGACCACCAGGAAAACCAUUCUCAAGUAGUACGGAAAAUCACAAAUUCCCUCAUCCAUCUCAUUUACUGUCAUAAUUAUUUUCAUCAUUUUUUUUUACUGUCAGCCCCACCAAUGCUGUGCGGAGCAAGCAUAAGGUGUGCCCCACUUGGAGGUUAUCUCAUUCCCAGUUACAGUGUAUUUACUGAGGAUGGCUCCGAUUCUGGGUGCCAUGACUCUCUCUUUCCUCCCGCAUCACCCACG